GUUUACGCGACGUGAAACGUACUGUGUUGCGUGUAAAGUAACGACAGACCGUUGUUCUGAAUACAGAGAUUCAUAUAGUGCGGUGAUUGCUAUUUAUCAAUGGCAAUAAUUAGCAAGAUAUUGUGUAGUUACAAGAUAUCGCUUAUAUCGGUUUCGUCCUUUAGAUGUCUUUAAGUAAGAUAAGAUAUCUGUUGUACGCGACUAGAGAAAUUACUGAUAUAGGAUUCCCCAAACAAGAAUUUCGUUAUUAAAGACAGUAACACUUUAGAUUUUCAGUGGAUCGUGGAAACCAUAGUGAAAGUCGAACCAUAGUUUAAAAGAUACAGAUAAGUUUGACCUGUGUCCCCGUGUAUCGUGACCCUUAAAUAGUACGGCUCUCUCUAGUGACGUUUCCCGUGAAUCAAAAGAAGAUUAUUACGCCUAAGAACUUUAUUAGAUCGCAUUUUUUUUUAAAUCGAAGGCACAGACUUUCAUUAUGUUGCAUUGGCGAAAAGUGUCCAAAGAAGUCGCAAGAGUUGCUGUUAAGACAAGAUGUCUGUCCUCGGCGCCAGGAAGGCCGCUAGUUGAGCUGUCUAUAGACAAAGAAGGUAUCGCUACCGUCCAAAUGCAACGAGCUCCAGUUAACAGCCUUAAUGUUGAAUUAAUGAGAGCGAUCCACGAUUCAGUCUCUGACUUGGAGAAGGAUAAAUGUAAAGGCAUGAUUCUGACUUCGGCGUCUCCAACAGUCUUCUCAGCGGGCAUGGACUUAAUGGAAUUACAUAACCCAGAAAUAAAGAGAUUAGAAGAAUUCAGCAGUUCUAUGUUUGAUAUUAUUUUAAAAUUAUUCUCUUCUAGUAUUGUUACGACAGCUGCAAUUAACGGUUACUCCGGUGCAGGCGCUUGUGUAGUAGCCUUAGCUCUAGACUACCGUACUAUGACGACAGGUAAAGCUAAGAUCGGUCUCAACGAUACCGCAGUUGGUAUCUCACCCGCCCAAUGGAUAGCCGAACUUAUGACCAGGAUCAUGGGAAAGCGGAACACUGAGUAUGCACUCACUACAUCUCACAUGUUCUCCGCGGAACAAGCUGUGAAGGUGGGACUUAUUGAUGAAGUAGCAACAGACAAAACGGAUGCCGUACAAAGGUGUAAAAACUUCAUAAAGUUACACGACAACAUAGUACCGGCUGUUAGAAAUCAAACUAAACUGUCUCUCAGAAAGGACUUCAUUACUGAUUUCAAGGGAAACCGUGAACAGAAUCUUAAGAACUUCAUGAACAUGAUAAUGAACCCUGCGUUUCAAAACGGAAUAGAUCAGUAUGUACGUAGUUUAAAACAAAAAAAGGCUAAGUCAACAGCUUAAAUAAAUUAGAACUCGGGUGUUAGCAAAUUAAUAGUCGUUUCUGGUGCUUUUGAUAAAGAAAUGUUUUUACCAUACAAGCUGCAACGAAAUAUAUUAUUUUAUAUUUGUUGAGAAUUUGAAACGGCAGUUAUUAUGUCAAUAUCGUCUUUUUUUAAUAUCAAUAAAUAGGCACAUAAUUUAAUAAAAA